AUGCCCGUGCAAAUAACUGACUUGCGUACUUUUAUUAAUACUUCCCGUCGUCAAGAUGCGAAGUCUGUAGCUGUUGUACGUGUAAAGAGGGAGCAUCAUGUAACUACAAAAUUCAAGAUAAGAUGUAGUAGAUAUCUUUACACUUUAGUAAUGAAGGAUGCUGAGAAGGCCAAGAAAUUAGAGGCAUCACUCCCACCAACUUUGAAUAAGGUCGUUAUUAAUAGGUCUGGGAAGAAGUGA